AUGGCGUCCGCUUCUUUUAGAGACUCGAUGAACUCCCUGGGCUGGUCGCGGCGGGAUGAAGACGUCCCCGUGAAUACGGCGCAACAGUCCGGUCUUUUGUCGUCAAUCAAGUCGCUAAACCCCUUUGGAAACAACAGCUAUAUCCAGCUUCCAACAACCGAGGGAGCCGGCGCGCCUCUGCCUGCUGCCAGCAGGAGGGAAGAGGAAGAGGGUUUUGCAACGCUGAGUCGCUGGGACCGUUUACUCAUUUUUGGUGCUUGCAACCUUGGCGCCCUCGCCUGCUUCGUCAUCUGCUUCGCCUUAUUCCCAGUCGUAGCUGUGCGGCCGCGCAAGUUUGUGAUUCUAUGGACACUUGGCUCCCUCCUGUUCCUGGCGUCCUUCGCGGCCGUCAUGGGCCCGAUGGCGUACGUGAGACAUCUUGUCUCCGGUCAGCGUUUACCUUUCACUGCAGCCUACUUUGGAUCGCUUGGACUUUCCAUGUACUUCUCUCUUGGUCUUCACAGCACUAUUUUGACCUUGAUCUCGGCUGUAAUUCAGCUGGCUUGCCUUGUUUGGUACCUCGUCAGCUACUUCCCCAUGGGCUCAAGUGGACUGCGCCUGGCCACCACAUUCGGCGCCAGAAGGGCCGCUGCCUGGAUGACUGGUUGA